AUGGGUUUCUUCCAACUUACACUUUUCACUCUUCUCGCCACACAGGGCCUCGCCGCACCAACCACCACACGAAAGCCAGGCUUCGACUCACUCGCUAAAGAAGAUCCCGUCAUAGCUGCAGGGAAGACACCGCCAUUCAAUCCAUUGUGGCAUUAUUGCCAGAUGGCUUGCCGCUGCGAGGACUUGAAGGAGAAAGACAGAGACGCUAGUUACUUCCAAUGCAUCACAAAUCCCAACUGCGAGCAGUGUGAGAGAGUGGGAAUGAAGGUGAACCCACCUCCCAGCUUGAGCAAGAGGCUCGUCUAA